CCUUGUUUGCAACAACAACGGACAAGCGUAGCACACUGUCCCAUCUGGCUGGCUGGACGUGUACUAGUAAUACAUGAACAUCCAGAUAUCUUAGAUGGUUCUGUUGCUUUGCCUUCUCUGCGUCUGAUACAGUAGUUUUCUCACUGGUUUCUGUCUGUGACUUCAUAAUGGAGUUGAACCGGAAGUAUUCAGCGCUUCCUGACCUGGACACCGCCCCAGACAUCUACGAGACCCCCGAGUUGACAGACGGCCAAACCAAUACGGUGAAAUCCACCUCGGACGAUGAGCUAGACGACCAAGAACCACAGACCGGAAUUGUAAAGCAGCGGCUAAGGCCACGACAUGCGCGUGCGAGAUUCACCCCCAGCAACGUGGACGCCAGAGAUGUGGACUUCUCCGACAGAGUUACCAGCAAGAGGAAAUCAUACAAGGUCACCAACCGUCGCCACAGGAUUUUAGAGGAUGGCACAGAGGAGCUAGGGGACCUGAGCGAUGACGAUGAGGCAGAAACGUUAGAGCGAAAGGUCAAACGGUUACAGCGUGAGGUUGAGGAGGCCAGGGCCGAGUAUGCCAAGCUAGGAGCGGUGGCUGGAAACGCCUCUGCUGCAGCGGGCACAACACCAGAAAGGGAUAUUGAUUCGUUGAGUCGCAUACUCGACAGCAUUAUCCUUCCGGAGAGGUCAAUUCCAACCAAUACUGAGACUGCCGCUGGACCUGUGGGAACCCAACCCGGGCCUGACAGUGCCGAAACAAUCCCCAGUGGUGAGGGGGCUACAUAUACAGUUACAUAUGCCCCUACAUACCAACAAAGCCACGCCCUGGCAAAAGCCGCAGAUUUCGACAAGCGUCUGCUGCUCUUAGAGUCUUGCCUAGGCAUUGGCUCCUCUGCCGCCCCCGAGUUGGACUCUGGCGGUCUCUCUAGAGCCAUACUGCCAACUCUAGAGAUGCUCACGAAGCAGAUCGGAACAUUGUCGAGCGCGUCAACGGUCUCUCUCGACGGGCUGAGUAGGCGAGUGCGAACAUUAAUUCAGGAUGCCAGCGAGCUGGAGAAGUCACGAAAGCUUGCCAAGGCGGCACAGGACGCACUGGAAUCGACCCAGCUGUCACCCGCCUUGAAGGAAAUGGUGGCGAAUGGAGAUGAUGACGAACCCCACAACGAAUCGGAGCAGAUUGCACAGUUGAACAGCAUGUACUCGGAGCAGACCACCAAGAUCAAUGCCUUGUAUGGCACGCUCUCAACCAUUGAGAAUCUUGCUCCACUCCUACCUCCGCUGCUGGAUAGGCUGAGGUCCCUGCGGGCUAUUCACGCAGAUGCCGCUGUGGCUAGUGAGACAUUGGACAACUUGGAACAGAACCAAAGCGAUAUGGCCGCUGAGAUUCGAUCCUGGCGGGAGGGACUGGACAAGGUGGAAGCUGCCAUGAGGGACGGAGAGGCGUCGAUGGAGAAGAACGCCAAUGUGAUAGAGGGAUGGGUUAAAGACCUUGAGAAAAGGGUCACAGCGUUGUCAUGACUGUAAUCCGGAUGCCUGUCCCGAGUUGAUUGCUUGAUACCCAGUCUAUUUAAGGCUUCUUUGCUACUUUUUACAUAUGCCUGGAAGUAGAACGAUUUCUUUUUGCAUGUGCGAGAAGCCAUGUACUGUACUUCGUCUUGUGUCAUGCUAGAGCAACUUGGCAAGGUUGGACCGUAAUAACGGGUUAAUUAGCUUGCGGGUCAAGCCUUUCAGGCGGUUCCUUUUAUACUCUAGUUGACACAUCAAAAAAGACCGACAACCAUGAGAAGGGUGAAAAAAA